ACAACUGCAGUAUUUUCAUCAAAUAUACGGUCAAAUUUUUAGAUCAAUCAAUUUGCAAAACAUGAUUUAUUUGAGAUUUCAAACAAUUCUGUCUAUUGGACUAAUAGUGUCCACAUCAGCAGAAAUUAAUCUUGAUCAAGUUAUCAAUUAUUUAUCAUCGAAAAAUUUACCAAAAGCACAAAUUGCAUUUCAUAAUUGCAUUGCUAAGUUCAACGUAAAAGGUCUUGAACAAACGAAUUAUGAAGAAAUCAAUACAUUUUUAUGUAAAUUAAGGGAUAAUAUAAUUUCUCGUGAAAUGGAUCCAAAUGAAAUGAGUCAAAAAUUGGUUGAAUAUUUAAAAUUAGAUAAAUCUAUUAUUACCAAGCACUUUGAUAAAUGUUGUACAGAUUUCCACUCAAGAUUGUUUACAUUAGAAAAUCUUGGGAAAAGUGACAAUCUGGAGACAUUCGCUCAACAAAUUUAUACACGUUUUGAUGGAGCAUAUAAAAUUCUGCAAGAUUGCGUAGAUACUUAUUCCCUGAGUGGAUAUUAUACGCAACCAAUCAAUCGUUACGAGACACAUCGAGAAAGAGACAAGAAACACAAAUUCUGUAUAAGAACAGCAGAAUUUACUAUAAAAUUUAUUACUAGUGAUUAUACUCUAAAUGAAGUCGCUAGUGCAUUGGCAAAAAACAUUUUUUCAAUUUUAGAGAAACCCUUCGAAAAGUAUUGUUUUGCUGUUUAUUAUACGUAUUUGGUUUUAGAUGACUCAGUGUUAACUGGACUAAUACAGUCCGCAUCAGCAGAAAUAAAUCUUGAUCGAGUUAUCAAUUAUUUAUCAACCACAAAUUUACCAAAAGCACAAGAUGCAUUUCAUAAUUGCAUUGCUAAUUUAAACAUAAAACGUCUUGAAAAAAUGAAUUAUGAAGAAAUCAAUAAAAUUUUAUAUAAAUUAAGAGAUGAUCUAAUUUCUCGUAAAAUUGAACCAAACGAAAUGAGUCAAAAAUUAGUUGAAUUUUUAAAAUUAGAUAAAUCUAUUAUUACCAAAAAGUUUAAUGAGUGUUGUACAAUUUUCCACUCAAGAUUGUUUGCAGUAGAAAAACCCCAGAUAAGUGACAAUUUGGAAACAUUCAAAGAACUAUUAAAGGUGCGUUUUUAUGGAGCAUAUAAAAUUCUGCAAGAUUGCAUAGAUAUGUAUUCUCUUGUGGAACUUGAUAAGAGUGAAAUUAAUUUUUACGAGACUACCAAAAGUAAUAGCAAGCAAUACAACUCACAAAAAAGUACAAUCAAUAUUAUGAUGAAUAUUAAUUCUGUUGAUUAUACUGUUGAUAGAGUUAUAGAUCAAUUAAAAUUCUCAUAUUUUGGAGAUGUAGAAAAACCUUUUGCAAUGUAUUGUUGUGCUGUUCAUUACACGUAUUUGGUUUCAGAUGAUUCCAAUUUAAAACAAAGUUUGGGAACUAGCGAUAGAUCACAAUGAAUUCUGAGGAAAAUACAUAAUCUCUGGACUUUCCUCCCUCAAUUGUUUUAGUUUAUUAAAAAUUUUUUUAAUGAUUUUUGACAUGAGUCAUAAAUUAUUAUUUUCAAAUAAUAAUUUAAUUAUGAUCAUUAUAGAUUUAUUAAUUAUUUUACAAUAAAUAACUUUAAUUAUGAAUA